AUGUCCAAUGACGGUAGUCCAUUCGAUUUCCACGCUACUCGAUCACCGGAGUGUCCAUUCGUACGUGCAAUACAGCAGAAGAAGAAGCACCGGAAUCAAAAGACUCGCCAGCAAUAUAAGAGGUCUCUACAAGCCGUCCAGCCAGCUAUCCAGCCAGCCACUCAGCCAAUCACUCAGCCAGCUCACCAAUCCACUCAAUUAGCCACUCAGCCAGAGCACUCAGUUGAGCAAGAGGAGGAACUACAACAGGCAAAUGCGGAGAACACGGCGGAGAAAGCAAGCGGCAGCAAGGCCAUCAGCACCAAGAACACGGCUCAGCUCUCUACGAUCCCACGUCAAGUCAUCACUCAGCAAGCGGAGAACACCACUGCAACUUGGCCUAUCAUCCCCACUGCAUUGAUAUGGUACAUCACUGCAAUGACGAAACAAGAGAAGGAUCUACUGCGACGAUCACAGCCAAUUGGGCCACUGCAGGAGGACAUCGGACGAUGCAUAUUUGGACGAAUUAAAACCGUCUGA